GAUGCUAAGAGCCCCAAGACUGGGGCAAGGCCCCAAGCUGGUGCUGACGCUGGGGAACCUACCACCCUUCUCCAAAGGCUCCGAGCAAGGCCGUGCAGAACAAAGUAGAGGGAAUUCUGGUAAGCAUGCUGGGAAGGGACAAUACAGGUGCCAUCACCGAAGGGUAAGGGUGAUGUUGAUGUGAGAGAAUAACGGUUCAUGGGGGCGAGGCGGUGCUGUCCACGUGUGAGGAUCAUUCUUUAUCCUUCUGUGACCUAUGUAGGAGAUGAAGUCAGACCCAGUCCCUUGCCCUUUCUCCCAUUCUCUCCAUGACAAGCCCAUAAGGUUGCCAGCACAGUGAGCACCCAACCUCAAGUCAUUUCUUAGGUCCCCUUUCACCCUGACAACCUGACAUGGAGUCAGCUGGUAUGGUCGAGCUCAGAAGAUCAUUCACUGGACCCGUGGCUUCAUUUCUCCACCUCUGUUCCCUUCUGCCUCAGCAAGAAGUACAGAAAUUCUCGGACAAUGACAAGCUAUACCUCUACCUUCAGCUCCCAUCGGGGCCCAGCGUUGGCGAGAAGAGCUCAGAGCCAAGUCUGCUCAGCAAUGAGGAGUAUAUGUAUGCCUAUAGGUGGAUCCGCAAUCACCUGGAAGAGCACAUGGACACCUGCCUGCCAAAGCAGAGCGUCUAUGAUGCCUAUCGAAAGUACUGCGAGAGCCUCGCCUGUUGCCGCCCGCUCAGCACAGCCAACUUCGGUAAAAUCAUUAGAGAGAUCUUCCCUGACAUCAAGGCCCGAAGACUCGGUGGCCGGGGCCAGUCCAAAUAUUGCUACAGUGGCAUUCGAAGGAAGACCUUGGUAUCGAUGCCACCAUUGCCUGGACUAGACUUGAAGGGAUCUGAAAGUCCAGAAAUGGGCCCAGAAGUAAGCCCAGCACCUCGGGAUGAACUGGUAGAAGCAGCCUGCGCCCUGACUUGUGACUGGGCAGAGCGGAUCCUGAAGCGGUCCUUCAGUUCCAUCGUUCAGGUCGCCCGCUACCUCCUGCAGCAGCAUCUCAUCUCUGCCCGGUCGGCACAUGCUCACGUGCUUAAGGCCGGGGGUCUUGCUGAAGAGGAUGAAAGAGCCCCUCGAGAACGGUCAUCAUGUAAGUCCAAGAAUGUCGUAGAAAACCUGGAAGGGGGAGGCCCCAAGAAACCAGAGAGACCGGCCCAGCCUCCUAAAGAGCAAGAAGCCCGAGCUGGGACAGACCUUCCAGGGCGUGCAGAACGGAAGAAGAGUGUAAUUGACAGCUCAGUUCCAGCAGCCAGUAAGCCGCAAGUUAAUGCUCUUGUGGCCCGACUGCCUGUGCUGCUUCCAAGAGCACCACGAUCACUUAUCACACCCAUUUCAGGCACUCUGAAAGUAGCUACACUGCCUCUACCCACUAGGGUUGGAGGGCCCCAGACAGCUGUGCCCAUCAUCAACAUGAUCUUACCACCUGUUCCUACUUUGUCAGGGGCUGGGCCUGGGCCUGGCCUUGGGCCUAGGUUUGGGCCAGGGCCUGGGCUUGGGCCUGGGUUAGGGCCUGGGCUUGGAGCUGGACCAGGACCCGGGCUUGGAGCUGGGCUUGGGGCUGGCCUAGGGCUUGGGCCUGGGCGAGUUCCACCUAGAGCACCCAUUCUGCCUCGAGGUGCAGAGAACAGGGAGGUAGGCAUAAGUAGUGAUCCAAGACCUCAUGACAAGGGUAUCAAAAGGACAGCUGAAGUGCCUCUGAGUGAGGCCAGUGGGCAGGACCCACCAGUUAAAGAAAUGAAGCACGAAACACAGGAUACAGUAAGUGAAGCAAAAAGGAAGCGAGGACGCCCUCGAAAGAAGCCAGGAGGGAGUGGGGAAAGAAACACUACUCCUGAGAAGUCUGCAGCUAUUGUGAACUCUCCCCGAUCCCCAAGGUUACUCUGGGAGACAUGGGGCUCAAAAAGAGAAAACAACUUCAUUGGGAGACCAGAAAGACCAGGGCCAGUGGGUGAGGCUGAGCGGGAAACGGUGCUUGUGCAAGGUCAGCAAGAUGGUGCUGUUUCCAAAGGAGAAAGGAGCUUGAGUUCCCAGGAAGCCAAAGAAGCAGAAGAUAAAAUUCCUCCUGUCACUUCAAAAGUGAGUGUUAUCAAGGGCAGAAUUCAAAAAGAGGCUCUUCAGUUGGUAAAGGGAGAGGCUGAUGCUGCAACACAGGGCAACAAAGGGUUAAAGGGUCGUGUACUUCAAAGUUCCCUAACCCAUGAGCAUAAAGACCCCAAAGCCUCACCCCCAUGAUAGACAGACAGGUCUGUGGGGGAAGAGUGGCCAUGUUCAUGUGAGCUCUGCCUGCUGCCUGGCAGAGGCCCUUCACUGAGCCUGCUCUCAUCCAGCUAGUCUUCCCCCCAGGGAACCCAGAGGCCUGGCUUGCUUUGUGCCUCGUGGCUGCUUCAGGCCUUUCUAGCUCAGUACCAUGGCUUUAAUACAAACAGCAAAUCUGUAAUGACUUCCCACCUAUAUCCCUGUGCUCUCCUAGGAGAUAGGGUAAGUAGGUUAGGGAUAUUCUGACUUCUAAUCAUAGGGAACUUAACUCAAAACUCAUUAAAGAUAAAAGCAGUUUAUCAGCUGAAGUUGCAGAAUCAAGAGGCAGUCCUGGCUGCAGGUGAGGCUUGAUCUGAUUGCACUCUGUUCUGCUUCACAUAAUGUAAAACCAUCCUUAGUUUGGACCACUUCACAGCCGCCAACACUCCCAGGCUUCUGUUUGACCAUUAUAUCUAAGCAGAAAGAAAGGGUAUCUAUCAUUGUGACAGGAAUCCUAGCAAAAGCCCAAAGAUUUACCAUGAUUAACCAGCCCAGGUCACUUCCACCCUUGGCCAGCUAGUGUGGCCAGGAAGAUGUUUAUGCAAAUGUGUCUCUACACAUCGUGGACCACCUUUGGAAAAGGGUGGAGUCCGCCUUCUCACAGUCCCAGGUUCCCCAGAUGGAGACUUGGGUGGAGGAUGGAAUUGUUGCUGGGGAGCAGCUCAUGACUGCUGGGUGCGGUUUAGCUUGCUAGGCUGGGAUGAGCUGGACUGCUGCUGCCUGUCCCCGGAACCCUCCGUGCGUCUCCCUCUCUUAUCUCAUUGUAGCCUCAGAAGGACAGAGAAGGAAGCCAUUCUCUUUAGUCUCUUAAUUCUUACAGGACAGCUUUCGCACCUCUGUCUCCCAGAACAAGCUCCUUUUAGGGUCUGAAUCUUAAACUUUCUCCGCAGCCAUGUUUCCUACCUCCCAAUCUAGUGCCACCUUCUCAGAGGAUAUGAAUGCCCCCCCCCCACCAAGUCAUUUCAUUACAUUACAUUCAUUCUGCAUCCACCAGAUGUCAUGCACUUGUCACACGUGUCAGGACCUAGCCAGGACUGUGGGCUUAGGCUGGAUUAACAGAUGCUGCGAGUCUGGGAGCACCAGCAGGAAGGAUGCAGACACUCCAGAUGUAUCCUUGGGAACAGCAGGAAACUAGCCCAUGUUAAUCAAGGACCUACUCCGUCCUCCCCACAGGAUAGCUUCUUGUCAGGGAAUCUUGGUUUUAUUCCCAAGAAAUAGAUUUUCUUUCAGGGAGAUACCACCCAUUUGUCCAUUUAUUUCCAUGAGAACAGUUUUUUUUUAAUUAUAAGUAAUCUUUUAUAUCUAUAAAGAAAUAUGUACUAUAAAUUAUGAAAUGCAAUGAAUACCUAUGACCCAUCAUUCAAUUUAUACAUUGAAAGUAUUAGUUUUUUCCCCCUUGCCCGGCCUCUUCCUAGAGGUAACCACUGUCUUUAAUUUUAUGGUCAUUAAUCAUUUGUUUAUAUAUCUUGGCCAUGUGUGUAUAUAUUCUUUAGGAAUGUAUAAUUUUGUAUUGCUUGUAUUUUUAGCUUUACAAAAAUGUUGUCCUGUGUUGCUUGAGGUUUGCUUUUUUGCACUUACCCAUUGUUUCUCCGACUCCUCUGUUGUGAUUGCUAUGACUUGUUCCUCUGCAUCUGUAUAAUACCCCAUCAAGCAACUUAGCCACUCACCUACUGAGUAACACUUGGGCUGUCGGCAGGCUUCUGUUAUUAUACACAAUGCUGCUAUGAACAUUCUUGUAUAUGAGUGCCUUUGUUUUUAGUAAGAUUUCUAAAGAGGUUUCUAAGAUGGUCCUGGAUGGUCCUUUUGGUCUGUGUACCCUCUGAGCUGGGGACUGUUGCCUCUUGUCUUACUUUAUGGAAGAGUUUACAUCAUAUAGAAAUGAACUGUUCUUGAAUGUUUGAUAAAAACUCACCUAUAAAGCCA